AUGGUCAGUAUAUGUGGUGCCUUCGAUAGGGAUUGGAGGAAGGGUCGACUUUUUGGGUGGCCAAGAGGCUGGUGGUGGAUGUCGAGUUAUGUUUGGCUAAGACGCCGUAGGGAUCUGGGACAGUGGGAUUGGGGCUUGUGCACCGUUGGUGGCCGUGCGACAGCUAUUGUCGUUCUCUUGCAGAAAUGCUUGCCGACAACCAAGCUUUGGCGCCAAUUGACUCUUUUCAAAAACCUAAAGUGGCCCGGUUGGGCAGUCUCUGCCUCAAUUGUGCAGCCGACCUGA